AUGUUUUAUUAUUUUUCUUUAAUCAUAUUUCCCAUCCGUGUCUUCUUUCUUUCUUUCUUUCUUUCUUUCUUUCUUUCUUUCUUUCUUUCUUUCUUUCUUCCUUCCUUCCUUCCUUCCUUCCUUCCUUUAAUUCUUCCUUUCUUAAUUUUCAAAAUCCUUUUUUUCUUUCUUAAUUUUCGCAAUUAUUUCUUUAUUUUUUCCUUUUCCGUAUUUUGCCAUCCGUGCUUUCUUUGUUUCUUUCUACCUUACUUUCCUUCAUUCUUUCUUUCCUUCUUAAUCUUCGCAAUUUUUACUUAUUUUUCUUUCUUUUCGUCUUUUCCCUCCUCAGACAUCUUUUUAAUUUUUCUUUAUUUCGUAUUUUUCCUUUUGUGCCUUCUUUCUUUUUUUCUUUCUUUUUUCUUUCUUUUCUUUAAUCGUAUUUCUGAUCUGCGCCUUUUUUCUUUCUUUUUUUUUUGUCCUACCUUUCAAUCUUUCCUUCUUAAUUUGCCCAUUUUUUUUCAUAUUUUUAUUUCUUUCGUAUUUUUCCUUUGCCCUUCUUUCUUUCUUUCUUUCUUUCUUUCUUUCUUUCUUUCUUUCUUUCUUAAAUUUUCUUUAUUUUUCUUUCUUUCGUAUCUUCCCUUCCGAAACUUCUCUCUUUUUUUAUUCCUUUCUUUCUUUUUUCUUUUUUUAAUUUCCGCAAUUUUUCUUUAUUUUUCUUUUUUCGUAUUUUCCCUUCCGUCCAUUCUUUCUUUUCCUGCAUUCAUUACUUCUUUUCUUUCUUUCUUUCUUUCUUUCUUUCUUUCUUUCUUUCUUUCUUAA